CCCUAGCCGCCAGCCUUCGGUCCGAAGUUCGUCUCUUCAACUGGCCAACAACUGGCCACCAUCGACAGAGGCGACAGGGAGAGAAACGACAUGACGACGUCCGUAACGCUCAUCGAUUUGAUCUCUACAACUCCCUACCUACUUGCUUACGCCCUCCCCCUUCUUUUGUUCUCACUCGUUCUCGCUUUCGCUGGUGCUUUCCUUACUGUUGAUCGAUCGCGUUCCUUCGUACCCAAUCGUGAAGUUCCCCAAAUCCCGGAGUCAUAUCCUACCACAAAGUCCAAUCACUUUCGGUUUUACCUCGAAGGCGGCAUUGGAGGUAUCUUGGUUGGAUACUGCUUUGGCUUGCACAUCUCAACUUGUUUCUCCCUCUUGAUACCCAAUGAGUCCUCUGCGACCGCUCUCACAGACAAGUCAUUUGUCGCUGUCUGGUUCCUUUCCUCCAUUCCGUCCGCCAUCUUAGCUGGGCGGUUCAAGUGCGCUGCCCUCGCGUUCACAGGCAUCACGGGCGGCACCUCACUUGCUCUAGGCGUAUCCGUCGCUUUCCAUCCUGCUCUCCUUACCCGUCGCAUCCUCGUCGCACUUCUCGUCCCCAUUCUCACCAUUCUCACCCUUCUUCCCCUCGCCAAGGCCCAGCACCAUUUCAUACGUCUUGCAGCCAGUGCGACCGGGGCUCUAGGUCUGGUCCUCUCCAUUGCUUUAAUGGCGCAUGUCUCCUCCUGGGCGGACAUUUGGGAUAGAUUAUGGCUUAGUAAUGGCGAAGAUUGGGGCACAGCCGCUGAGCACGGCUUGAGUGCGGCAUUUUGGUUUAUACUGGUGCUAGGAUGUGCAGCGGACUUCACUCUGAACAGGUGCUUCGGAGGAAAUCCAGACGAGCAUGCGCAGAAAUGGGAUUCAUAUCUGGCCGAUUACGCUACCUCGCUCCCCAAUUGUCCCGAUCGUGCGGGCACCUUCCAACCCAAUACCUCUUCGUUUUGGGAUCGUAUACUUCAUCCGGCAAGACAUACACCAUCCCCACUUACCCAGUCUCGUUCCCCGGGCUUGACUGAGUACCCGCUUUCUUCUGUGGGCUCACCACCACCUUUUUCAACCACUGUCCAGGAUCUCAGGGCGGAGAAGACUGGGUUUGCAGCCCCAAGUGCCGUUUUCGAAUACGAGAAAAAGCCCGGGAUGCUUCGCAAAUCGUCAGACCGUCCCUUCGCCCGCCUCAUGGCACUGACACACUCAUACGCCUCCGAAAUUACCAACACGCCCGGUCUCAAAGGUGGGCGUAAGCGCGAGGCAGUGAAAUUCCGCCCUCUUAGCCAUGACGACGCGUUCAGUUCAGACGACGAUAAUGACGAUCAGACCAAAGUGGACGAUGCCCUAUCGCUGCCUCCACCUCAGCGCCACCUUUCCACCCGUACGACUUCUUCCAGGACACUCGCAAGCGGAUUCGACUCCCGCACCGUAUCGAAAGCCGAGGAUCUGUUCUCCCUCAGCUCAGAGGCUACUCUCGAGGCAGAUAGUCAGAGGGAAAAGAGGCGCGUGACAAAUACUGGGCGCACCUUUGAUGAUGGUCCUAUCCCCGAAUACUCUGACGGCGAAGGGGAGGAUGUCACGGCUGGGUCAACUAUCCGUCGAGGUUCUUCCGGGACGAGUCUCCCAUUCACCACGAGACAUCGCAACAGUAAUGCGGAUGUUCUUUCUCUCGUUCCCAUGGUCCCCGGUCAGAGGCCCUAUCCACCGAUUCCUUCAGUUGGGGCCGUACCGAUGACUGCGUCGCUCAUGCAUGCCUUGGAUCGCGUCGCUGUGGCUCAGCAGGAUGCUCUCAUCAACACCAGCAAUAUCGAACCGGCCGGACUUCCUGUCGCCGCAAACUCAUCGCCUGUGCUCCCCAAGUACAACGCGACAGGUCCUUCCGGCGCUCGAGUUGGUCAAAGUUGGGAUUCUUUUUGGAAAGAUGUGACAGAUAAAGCGAGCGAGGACGUGAGGCGCUGA